AUGACUAAGUUGCGAAAAAAAGGAAACAAGACAGGGAAUCGGCGGACGGCCAACGUUCGUUCAGUAGGCUACUCAGACCUUUUCUGUUUGAGCAAGGACGACCUUUGGGAUGCGUUGACAGAGUAUCCUGAGGCAAAAGCGAAACUGAUGCAAUGUGGUCAGGAUAUGCUACGCAAGGACAAUCUCCUGGACGAAGAGGCACUUGCAGGUGACCGUGAAAAACAAGAGUCUCUGGAGCAGCGCGUCCGGCGCGUCGAUGAGUCCCUUGAGCAGGUAGUCACUAGGCUGGCUCGGUUAAUUGGUGAGUUUGGAGCCAGUCAAGCGAAGAUAAAGCGCCGGCUAGUACAUCUUGAAUCACAGUCAUGCUUCCAGCAGCCACCAGAUGAAUUCCACACAGCCAUCGAUAUCAUAAAAGACAAUGGGUUCGACGGAGCUAUCCCUCUGCUAGCUCCAGGAUGCGUGAGUGCCCCAGCAAUCUCUGUGGAGCUGGAUAGUUCUGUGUUUGCAGCCGACAAUGAGGCAUCCUGUAGCGAAGCCAUUGGCUCUCAGACUUCUGAAAAUAUCCUCACUACUCAAGACCACCUGACCCUUCCAGAUUCCACUGCCAUGAAUACUGUUGCUGAUAUGUGUACCAUAGCCUAUGAGACACAUGCUGAUCCUAAAAAUCUCGCAAAAGCUAAUUAUAUGCUUACUGACCAUACU